AUGGCUGUCCUUGGGUUUGCACGGAAGCGUGAUCUUGCUUACUUCAUCCACUUCUGCAUGUCGAUUCCCAUCAUGUUCUUGAUGGACCUCCAAGCCUUGUACCCACCUUCCAUGGUCCCCGCAUUCAUGGCAGAUCUGAAAGCCUACUAUAUCAACACCUACAACGACCAAUUCUUCAUUGACACCCCUCUUUUCUUCAAGGUUUUCAUGUGGAGCGAAAUCUUGUUCCAAGCUCCGGUUAUUCUCUGGGCCAUUCCCGCUCUGCGUCGAAAUGACCCCAAGAUUCCUGUGAUUCUGCUUCCAUUCGCUACAGUGAUCUUUCUAACGACGCUCACUUGUGUGGUGGAGAUGUGGAACUGGGAUAUCAGUGUGGAACAGAAGAUUGAGCUGAGCAAGCUUUAUGGGCCUUACCUAUUACUGCCAACUUACAUGGGCAUUGAUAUGUGUCUUCGUCUUUUCGACACCAUCAAUCGAGCUUCUGCCACUUCAAAUGUCGUGAAAGCAAAGAAAGCACAAUAA